GUCACGUGACCUAACUGGGAAUUCUGUCAUGUGAUGGUACCGUUUGCAGCGAAGUGCUUUACAGUCAACAGACGAGAAAACCAAAAAAGCGCUUCAGAGACGAAAAGCACCCACAAAGAAGAGAUUAAACCUGCUUGACGGCGGUCAUGGGGUGCUGUUUCAGCAGCGAUAGCGAAACGUCGGAGCAGAACGAAGAGGUGAAGCCAUUGAUUCCUGACCCAAACUUAGACAGAAAACCCACCAAUGGCUCAGAGCGAAACGCAGACAGCCUGCCGUCCAACCGUACAGAUGAACAGGCCCUGCUCACAACCAUCCUCCAGCGGACUGCUCUGAAUAUAAUCGAUGUGUCUGCUGUUGAUUCUCAAGGCAUGGAGCAACAUGAAUACAUGGACCGAGCCAGACAGUACAGCACCAAACUGGAGGUGUUGAGCAGAACGCUGUCUCAAAAGAAGCCUGUUCCUCUCCCGUCACUGACCAGUCAACCUCACCAGGUGCUCGCCGCUGACCUGGUCCCCCACGCAGACGUACAGCAGGUUUCUAAGAUCGCUGCGUACGCCUACAGCGCCAUCUCACAAAUCAAAGUAGAUGCCAAGGAAGAGCUGGUGGUACAGUUUGCUAUACCAUGAUUCAAAAGAUGGACCUCCUUCCUCCCCAGUUCCACUGUUUUUCUCUCUUUCUAGCCCUUUCACUUCUCCCAAACUUCUUGAGAUGCAGACGCUCGUGUCUUUAUUCUCUGAAGGCCCUGCAGAUAAAUAUAAUUCACCCCAAACAGAGCUCCUUGAGUAAAUCACGUCGUCCCAGAGGGUAGAAACAUCUGAUCUACUAUCUUUGCUUUGACGAGUUUUUCAUGCAUUAAUCGAAUCCGUUUUCACCAAAACUCAGCGGCGUCCAGCUGCUACGAUUGCUCGGGUGAGCUUUUGUUUAGUUUUAUCCGUUCUUAUUAAUUCUUCUUCUCUUGGCUUUUCAGUUUCCUGAUCAUUUGGAGAUUGUUAAACCAAGGAGCACAUCCAGACUUAUCAAUUAUUGUACUAAAGUGAAUUGUAUAUUUUCUCCGUUUGCCUGGGUCAUCUUAACACACAGGUUAUGGUGGAUUCUCCUGUAGUGUUCUUCAAUCACUGUGGUUCGUUAUUUCUAAUUCAUUCUCAUAAUUGUAUGCACUGAGAUUGGGAUCCAGAGUGGGAUGCAUAAUACUUCUGUCUAACCAGAGUAGCAUGCAUGUAAUAUCGCAUUAACCUUCUUAUUUUAUUAUUCUCUAUAUAACUAAUUUGCUUUGUGUGGCUGUUUUUCAACUGUUUCAGAUGUGAGUCUAUCACUGUUAACCACCCAAAAACGGAAAGCAUAUGAUGUCCUGCAACUUUAGACAUAAUUUUGUGUCAUUUCCCCAAAUCGUUUACCUCUAUUUGACAAUAAACCAUCAGGUUGGAUGCCAUAUUGAAUUUUUACGCAGAUGAUGAUAAAGCUGUGAUGGACAGACUCACCUUACAGUCUUUACAAUAGCACUCACUGGAUACAAAUCAUAUAAAGUCACAACUCUUCAAGAGUUUCUGUCUCCUGAAAGUUUUCUUGGGACAAUCCAUUCAAUGCACUAUGCUUCAGUCCCUCACAGCCUCAUUUUCAUUCCAGUUAAAAAUUAAACAUGGCACUCCUCUCACGAAGGUCUACAUCACAAGCAUACGUAGAUCAGUGAGCUGUAUGCAGCUUUUAUGGUGGAUGGUAAAUAUCCUGGGAUGUAUCAGAAGUUUAAUUGCUUUUAACGGAAGAGAAAGUGUUUCUCUUACCGUGCACCUUUCCUAUAAUCCUCAAAUGGUCAUGCAGUUGUAAUGAAAAUGGCAAAACCCGGUUAAACCGAGCCAGAACAGCGUGGCCUGUCUAACAAAUAAACAUAAUGUCAACUCCGAAUGUUUGGGAUGGGAAGGCGGCUUGGAAGUGAUUCGGUUUGUAAAUGAUGUUUUGUGUCAAUGCCUUUAAUGUACAGAGUGUAAAAUGAUUCGAGAUGAAUGAUUAAUACGUGUGUAGCGGGAAGUGUAAACGGCUCUAGGGCGCCCCCUGGCUGCAUUAUGCCUUAGUCGUAAGGCUUUGCGAUGUUUUUAGCCAAGCAAACAGGGUUGCAUUUACCUUGCCUGUUCCACUUUUAACAUAAUAAAAAAAUAUUAUUACAUUGCUUUAA